UUUCUUUUCAAAGAAAGCAGGAAAAAGCUGCCUAGGUAUUCUGCAAUGCGGCGACAGGGAUCAUGAAAACGCUAACGUUGAGCGUUUACAUACGGCGCCUCUCUUCUUCUUCUCCUUUCUUCUUCUUCUUCUAACCACUCGCUCGUGAACCUCCAUAGAACAACGCAAGAAUCUACCCAAAGGUAUUCUCUUUGGAAUUCCCAAUUUCUUUUUUACAUUUUCACAAACAUACAAACGUCCAUACCCGUAAAGGUUCGGUUUUUAUCCCCCCAAGGCGCCACCUUCAAGGUUCUAUCUUAUCUUUCUCUCUAUCUAUUGUAUCUCUGUGUUUUUCUUCACAUUUAAUCGUUUAGACUGUUCUUUGCGAAGUUAAGAGAACGAAGAUGGGUUAUUGUAUGAAUCGCUGUGAGAAUGUUUCAUCUAAGCUCAUUUCCUCUUCAUCUUUGAAGUCCCAUUCAAAUAAAGCUAAUGCUUUUCGGGUUUCUACCCAUUUCGCAAAACCAAGUGUGAAGAAAGAUUAUUCAUGUUUGAACCUUCAAUAUGGGUCCCCUGUUUUGCAUGAGAGUAAAUUUAGGAUCAGUGUGAGCUCGAUUCGAUGUGAAAAAGGUGUUGUGGGUAAGCAGGAACUGGGGAAGAGGACAGAUAUAAAGAAGAUUUUGAUUUUAGGAGCAGGGCCUAUAGUGAUUGGGCAAGCCUGUGAGUUUGAUUAUUCUGGGACACAAGCUUGUAAGGCUCUUAGGGAAGAGGGGUAUGAGGUGAUUCUGAUUAAUUCCAAUCCUGCUACUAUUAUGACUGAUCCGGAAAUGGCGGAUAGGACUUAUAUUGAGCCAUUGACGCCCGAGAUUGUUGAGCAAGUGCUCGAGAAGGAGAGACCGGAUGCUUUGCUGCCCACUAUGGGUGGCCAGACUGCUCUUAACCUUGCAGUGGCAUUGGCUGAGAGCGGGGCACUUGAGAAGUAUGGUGUUGAGUUGAUUGGGGCGAAGCUUGAUUGCAUCAAGAAGGCGGAGGAUAGGGAUCUGUUUAAGCAGGCAAUGAGCAAUAUUGGGCUCAAGACACCUCCUUCUGGGAUCGGGACAACUCUCGAGGAGUGUUUUGAGAUUGCUAAUGUGAUAGGGGAGUUCCCGUUGAUUAUACGUCCAGCAUUCACGCUGGGUGGAACUGGAGGUGGGAUUGCCUACAACAGAGAGGAAUUCGAGGCCAUAUGUAAGUCGGGGCUUGCUGCUAGUUUGACAUCACAGGUUCUGGUUGAAAAGUCUUUGUUGGGAUGGAAAGAGUACGAGCUCGAGGUUAUGAGAGAUUUAGCAGAUAAUGUGGUUAUCAUUUGCUCGAUCGAGAAUAUUGAUCCAAUGGGUGUCCACACCGGGGAUUCCAUCACUGUGGCUCCUGCUCAGACUUUGACUGAUAAAGAGUACCAACGGCUUCGGGACUACUCCAUUGCCAUUAUCAGGGAAAUUGGGGUUGAAUGUGGCGGUUCGAAUGUACAAUUUGCUAUUAAUCCAGAAGACGGAGAGGUGAUGGUAAUUGAAAUGAAUCCCAGGGUUUCAAGAUCCUCAGCUUUAGCCUCGAAAGCUACUGGAUUCCCUAUAGCAAAGAUGGCUGCAAAGCUUUCUAUUGGCUACUCAUUGGAUCAGAUUCCUAAUGACAUAACAAAAAAGACACCAGCGAGCUUUGAACCUUCCAUAGACUAUGUCGUCACAAAGAUACCUCGCUUUGCAUUUGAGAAAUUUCCAGGAUCGGAACCAGUACUGACAACCCAGAUGAAAUCUGUUGGAGAAUCCAUGGCAGUAGGCCGAACAUUCCAAGAAUCAUUUCAGAAAGCAGUUCGAUCUUUAGAAACUGGCUACUCGGGAUGGGGUUGUGCCUCCAUCAAGGAACUGGACUGGGAUUGGGAGAAAUUGAGGUACAGCCUUCGAGUUCCGAAUCCUGAUCGUAUUCAUGCCAUAUAUGCUGCAAUGAAGAGGGGAAUGGCAAUUGAUGAGAUAGGGGAAAUAAGUUACAUUGAUAGCUGGUUCCUAAGACAACUCAAAGAGCUAGUAGAUGUUGAACAGUAUCUUUUGACUCGCACUUUAUCCAGCUUGACUAAGGAUGAUUUGUAUGAGGUUAAAAAACGAGGUUUUAGUGAUAGACAGAUAGCUUUUGCGACAAAGACAACUGAGAGAGAUGUUCGUUCAAAGCGCCUAUCCUUGGGCAUCAAACCAGCUUAUAAGCGAGUCGAUACAUGUGCUGCAGAAUUUGAGGCUGAUACACCUUAUAUGUAUUCGUCUUAUGACUUAGAGUGUGAAUCAGCUCCUACCCAAAGGAAGAAAGUUUUGAUUUUAGGUGGGGGACCAAACCGAAUUGGACAAGGAAUUGAGUUUGAUUACUGCUGCUGCCACACAUCUUUUGCCCUUCAGGAUGCCGGCUAUGAAACAAUCAUGAUGAAUUCCAAUCCCGAGACAGUAUCUACAGAUUACGACACGAGUGACCGUCUCUAUUUUGAACCUCUGACAGUUGAAGAUGUCCUCAACGUUAUCGACUUGGAGAGACCUGAUGGCAUCAUUGUGCAGUUUGGUGGUCAAACGCCGUUGAAACUCUCUCUUCCCAUUCAACAGUACUUAGAUGAAAACAAGCCAAAGUGUAGAAGUGGAGUGGGAUAUGUUUGCAUAUGGGGCACUUCGCCCGAUUCCAUUGAUGCUGCUGAGGAUAGGGAGAGAUUCAAUGCGAUUCUGAACGAACUAAGGAUUGAGCAGCCGAAAGGAGGCAUUGCCAAGAGUGAAAAAGACGCUCUUGCCAUCGCGGCGGAUAUAGGGUAUCCUGUUGUUGUCCGACCUUCGUAUGUGUUGGGUGGCCGUGCAAUGGAGAUUGUUUACGACGAUGACAAGCUUGUUACGUACCUUGAAAAUGCUGUUGAGGUGGACCCCGAGCGCCCCGUUUUGAUUGACAGAUAUUUGUCCGAUGCCAUUGAGAUUGAUGUUGAUGCACUCGCGGAUUUACAUGGUAAUGUCGUGAUUGGUGGAAUAAUGGAGCAUAUUGAACAGGCCGGGGUUCAUUCUGGCGACUCAGCUUGCAUGAUUCCCACCCAAACAGUUUCGCCAUCGUGCUUGGAAACGAUCAGGUCGUGGACGACAAAAUUAGCAAAGCGGCUAAAUGUGUGUGGGCUUAUGAACUGUCAGUAUGCCAUCACAGCCUCGGGGGAUGUUUUCUUGCUCGAGGCUAAUCCACGUGCCUCGAGAACAGUUCCUUUUGUGUCCAAGGCAAUCGGACACCCAUUGGCUAAAUAUGCUUCGCUAGUUAUGUCGGGAAAAUCUCUCCACGACCUAGGGUUCACUAAAGAGGUUAUCCCAAGACACGUAUCUGUCAAAGAGGCAGUUCUCCCGUUUGAGAAAUUCCAAGGCUGUGAUGUUCUCCUCGGUCCCGAGAUGCGGAGCACUGGCGAGGUAAUGGGUAUAUGCUUCGAGUCAUCAAUUGCUUUCGCUAAAGCGCAAAUAGCUACCGGCCAGCGAGUACCACUUUCGGGAACCCUGUUUCUUAGCCUAAAUGACUUAACCAAGCGCCAUCUCGCCACAAUUGCUAACGCUUUCCUGUCAGUCGGAUAUCAAGUAGUUGCGACUUCCGGGACCGCAUAUGUACUCGAAUCCGAAGGCAUUCCAGUGGAGCGAGUGUUGAAAAUGCACGAAGGGAGACCCCAUGCUGGUGACCUGAUCGCGAAUGGGAAGAUUCAGUUGAUGGUGAUUACAAGUUCGGGAGACGCACUCGACCAGAUUGAUGGACGAAAGCUGAGGAGAAUGGCACUUGCAUACAAGAUUCCCGUGAUAACAACAGUUGCUGGUGCUCUAGCCACAGCUGAGGCAAUCAAAAGCCUGAAAUGUAACAAGCUCGAGAUUUCAGCUCUUCAGGACUACUUCGAUGUCCCAAAGGAGACCGAGAGUAGCAAAAACCUGCAAUCUGCAUACUACUCGUCUUCUAGUUGAUUAUAAAUUAGGUAAAAACGCAAACUCCUUUUUCUAUCAUCAAACUCUUCUCAAUUCCAGAAUGCGUUUUACUUUUACAGUUUACUUGAUUGCUCCGGUCAUUAUGAAUUCUCACUUCCACCUUGCAUGUGAGCUCGAUUUUAUCUUCCUUUUAGAUUAAGAUGGUGUUACUGAAAUUCUAAAUAUUUAGUGCAAAUUCUGUUCUCUGUGAUAGACUGCCAUUUUCUGCUGUGCUUAUGAAGAUGAACUGAUUCUACU